AUGGUAGCCGCCGCCGUCUGUGUCCAGGACCGCACCGAAGAGUUCCGCUCCAUCCUCCACCAGGCCCAACGCCGCCUCGCCUCCAACAAAGUCGGUGCCCAGCGGCAGUCGUUAUUGACGGCCUCGCAGCGCGCCGAAGCUGGCAAUGGCAAUGGCGCUCCGACGCGCGGGCAGCGCUCCGAGUUUGCGCGCAAGGCGGCGGAUAUCGGCCGCGGCAUCUCGGGGGCCAUGGCCAAGUUGGAACGCCUGGCCCAGCUGGCGCGCCGCAAGACGCUGUUCGACGACCGCCCCGUCGAGAUCGCCGAGUUGACCUACGUCAUCAAGCAGGACCUGGCGCAGCUCAACGGCAGCAUCAAGCAGCUGCAGGGCAUGUCGGCUGCGCAACAUCCGCGCCAACAGCAGGUCGACCAAGAAGGAGAACACAACAAGAACGUCUUGCUGCUGCUGCAGGGCCGUGUCGCCGACGUCGGUCUCUCCUUCAAGGAGGUUCUCGAGCUACGCACAAAGAACAUCCAGGCUUCUAAGUCGCGCACCGAGAACUUUGUCUCUUCCGUCUCAGCCUCGGCCCAGCAGCACCCCGCCCUCGCCGAGCCCGGCCGCUCCGACUCGCCUCUCUACCAGCCGCCCCAGCGUGGCCGCAGCCCCAACCCGCCUACCUACACGAAUGCCGCGCAGCAGGAUCUCCUCACUCUCGAGCCCGAUGGAUCUGGCUCCUCGGCCCUCAUGGGCGGCUCCCGCGGCGGUCACAUGUCGGAUCAGCAGCUCUUGAUGAUGGAAGAGGCUCAGCCCACCAACACAUAUAUCAACCAGCGUGGUGAGGCUAUCGUGGCUAUCGAGCAGACUAUCUCAGAGCUGGGUGGAAUCUUCGGUCAGCUGGCACAAAUGGUCUCGGAACAGAGCGAGAUGAUCCAGCGCAUCGAUGCAAACACCGAAGACGUCGUCGAUAAUGUACAGGGCGCCCAGCGGGAGCUGAUGAAGUACUGGGGCCGUAUGAGCGGCAAUCGCUGGCUUGUUGCAAAGAUGUUCGGCGUGCUGAUGAUUUUCUUCCUCCUCUGGGUUCUCAUCGCGGGCUAG